AUGCCACUACUCCGCUCAAAACCCUGCCCAAUGCCCCACUCCUCAUCGUCACUUCCUCCAUGCUUACGAUGCCUCGAACUCCCCGCCACGGCUCUCCCUCCCACCCCUCCCAUGCCCAAGAACAUUCUCUGCACCAUCCUGUCGAGCACCUGUUGCAGUAGGAGGGGAUGCGUCACGCUUCACUUCAAGCUCGCCCUCAUGAUCACCCUCACCCUCGCCAACCCUGCCGCAACGCUCGCCGUCACACUUGCAGUAACGCUCGCCGUCAAGAUCGCCGUCACGCUUGCUGUAACGCUCGCCGUCACGAUCGCCGUCACGCUUGCUGUAACGCUCGCCGUCACGAUCGCCGUCACGCUUGCUGUAACGCUCGCCGUCACGAUCGCCGUCACGCUUGCUGUAACGCUCUCCGUCACGAUCGCCGUCACGCUCGCUGUCACGAUCGCUGUCACGCUCGCCGCCCCGCUCGCCGUCACGCUCAUGCCCUUUCACUUGCAAGUGAUCCUCGUCGUCUACAGCUUCAUGCUGUCGUGUUGCCCCGGUCGCCUGUUGUUUCCCUCUUUUCCCUUUCUUGGCAUCGCGUUUAGCUACAACACAUAA